GAUAUAGAAUGUAGGAAUAUGAAAAAAGAAGUAAGGGAAGAGUUUAAAAAGUGGAAGAAAAGAGGAGGGAAUGGGGAGAAAUAUAAGGAGAUGAGGAAGGGAUACAGAGAACAUUGUAAGGAAAGGAAAAGAAGGGAAAGAGAAAGAUGGGAGAAAGAAUUGGAAGGUGUAAGAACGGAAGGGGAUGUUUGGAGGGUAGUAAAUAGGGGGAGGAGAAAGAGAAAGAGAGUCACGGAAGGAAUCGAAAUGAGGGAAUGGGAGGGACACUUUAGAAAGGUGUUGGGGGGAGUAGAGUGGAGGGUGAGAGGGUGAGGGGAAGAGAAGGAGUGGAAGAUGAUAUCAGUAGGGAAGAAAUAGGAAGGGCGGUAAGUAAACUGAAGGAGGGAAAAGCGGCGGGAGGGGAUGGUAUCGUAAAUGAAGUAUGGAAAUAUGGGGGAAAAGAAAUAAAGGAAUGGCUGUGGGAAAUAUGUGACAGAGUGUGGAGAGGAGAGGGCUGGCCGGAGGAGUGGAGGGAGGGGGUGGUAGUGCCGAUAGUGAAAAAGGGGGAAGGGGAGAGGGUUGAAGACUAUAGAGGGAUCACGCUAACGCAGAUGGCGUACAAGGUGUACGCAGCGGUACUUGCGGAGAGAUUGAAGGAGGAGGUGGAGAGGAAGGGGAUACUCCCACCGAGUCAAACGGGGUUUAGGAGAGGGGUAGGCACAAUUGAUCUGAUUUAUAUGAUAAACAAGAGGGUGGCAGUAAGAAAAGGCAAGAUGGUAGUGCUAUAUAUAGACCUGAAAGCUGCGUUUGACUCGGUGGAUAGGGAAAUCCUCAUACAGAUGAUGAGGGAGAGGGGAGUUAAAGAAAGCUUGGUCGUGAGGUGCGAGGAGGUACUGGAGGAGACCCUAAGUAGAGUGAGGGUGGGGAAAAAGGUAGGGGAAAACUUUUGGACGGGGAAAGGGGUAAGACAGAGGUGCCCUCUGAGCCCAUGCUUAUUCACGCUAUUGCUGGCGGAUUUGGAUGAGGAGUUAGAGAGGGAGUGAUGUGGAGGAGUGAGGGUAAAGGGAAGGAAAAUAUACUCGCUAGCGUAUGCAGAUGAUGUGGCAGUGGUUGCAGAAGAGGAGACAGGGAUGAAAGGGAUGAUUAAGGCAUUAGAAAGCUACAUAGAACGGAAGGGACUAGAGGUCAAUGUAGAAAAGACGAAAAUAAUGAGGUGUAGAAGGGGAGGCGGAAGACAGAAAAAGAUGGUGUGGAAAUGGAAAGGAA